CAAUUCAUUCUAUCCAACAAAACUUCCUUCUCUCUCAGCGAAGAGAGAGCUCGGAAGCUUUUCAAUUCCCAAAAUGCCCUCACUGCAACUCUCUCCUCCCUCCUGCUACCUAAACCCUAAUUUCGCCUUCACAAAACCAGGGUGUUCAAAAUCACAAGCCCUCAAUCCUGUUAUAGGGCUCGGGACCACCUCUAGAAACUGUAAUUUUCGGAGAAUUUAUUGUAGAGGUAAAGGAGCAGAAGAUGCAGAGGCCAAACCGGUCAUCGAAAAGAGCAGGGGAGGUGGCGGUAAUGGCGAUAAUGGAGGUUUCAAUGGGGGGAAUGGGGAUGAAUCGGAGGAAAAGGGGAAGCUGCAGUUGCCUGAAUGGAUUAAUUUGACCUCUGAAGAUGCAAAAACAGUGAUAGCUGCGCUUGCUGUAUCUUUGGCUUUUAGGUCCUUCAUUGCAGAGCCUCGAUAUAUUCCUUCUUUGUCUAUGUACCCUACCUUUGAUGUCGGUGACCGAAUUGUUGCAGAAAAGGUUUCAUACUAUUUCAGAAAGCCAUGUGUCAAAGAUAUCGUAAUCUUCAAAAGUCCUCCAGUUCUGCAGGAAGUGGGAUAUACAGAUGGGGAUGUAUUUAUCAAACGAGUUGUUGCCAAGGAAGGGGAUACUGUGGAGGUUCAUGGUGGAAAGCUUAUAAUUAAUGGAGUAGAGCAAAGUGAAGAUUUCAUUCUUGAGCCACCUGCUUAUGACAUGAGCCCAGUACAUGUACCAGACAACUCUGUUUUUGUAAUGGGAGAUAAUCGAAACAACAGCUAUGAUUCACAUAUAUGGGGGCCUCUUCCCUCAAAAAACAUAUUAGGCCGAUCGGUUUUUAGGUAUUGGCCACCUGCAAGAUUUGGUAGCACAGUUCGUGAAGAAAGCUGCUCGGACAAGAAACAAGAAAGCACUGUAGCCUCAUAGCAUUGAGCCACAUAAUUUUCAUAGACAAGAAAAAGAAGUGGUUUAUAGCAGCAUUUUCGCUGGAAAGGAACUGUCUUGCUGAAGAUAGACCUCAAAAGUUCUAGAAAUACUGGAACUUUUUGGACUUCAAGAGAUCGGUAACGGUCACCAUUCUUAUAAUUUAUAGAGAAAUGAGAAUCAGUUACUAUAUCCAUUGAAUUGGUCCCCAAGUAAUUUAAUUGGGUCUAUGAGCUUGGAGACCCAUUGUAUCUUUGUAUCUUUUUUGUUUUUUGUAUCAGUAGAUUUUUGAAGUUUUAGAGGAGCUUGAAUAAGAUUUUGACCACAAUUUUGAGAGAGA